UCAAACAUCAGAUCCCCCCCUCCAUUCCCUGCUAAUUCACACUGAUUCCCGUAGCGCCAACAGGACUGCACAGCAGGCAUGGCGGCUCUCGCGUUCAUCAGCCGCGCAGCGGCCACUGCUCCGUCCAUGCCCUUACGACUCUCUCCCUUUCGUGACAACAACGCAGCGGCUCCGUCAACCCCGCGUCGGCUCUCCCCGCUGCAUUCCUCCUCCUCUCCCAUCUUCUCCCGCCAUAGAAUCGAAGUAUUCCGGCAGCAUUUGAUCGGCUCACCUUCGCGGAAUCACGUAUCCUGUCAGAAAUAUUUACGAGCGCGUGAUACACCGGCAAAAGCACGUGCCACUGCAUUCACCUCCGCUUCAGCGACAGCCUCGGGGGCUCCGCAGGGGGAGAGAAAGCGAGUGGUUAUAACGGGGGGGAGCAAGGGACUGGGCUACGCCAUGGCGGAAGAGUUCCUAUCGAUGGGCGACUCGGUGGUCAUCUGCGGGCGAAACAACAAUCGCCUCACUGCUGCCGUCGACGCUCUCCGGCGAUCGGAAAAAGCGGCCAACGGGGACGAUCUUGAUAGCAGUGACGCCGAAUUUUCCGCGGAGCCGCCGAGUCUGCGCGUGUGGGGGAUUCGGUGCGACGUGGCGAGCGCGGCGGAUCUGGCGGGUCUGGCGGAAUUCGCGGUGGCGCGUAUGGGCGGCGUUGACAUCUGGAUCAACAAUGCAGGCCAGGUGACGUCCAAGUCGCUGCUGGCAGACGUGGCCCCUUCCGACAUCGCCUCGGCUGUCAGCACCAAUGUGCUCGGCUCACUCCUCGGCUGCAGAGAGGCCAUUCGGGUGAUGCGGCAGCAGCAGGCUGACGCACCUGCCGCGUCCUCCUCCUCCACGCCGCUCUAUCACAUCUUCAACCUGGGGUUCUCCCGGUGGGGAGCGGCGUUCACGCGCUCCGCUGCCACGCACAAGGCCACCAAGAUGGCGCUCUCGCAGCUCACCACCAGCCUCAACGACGAGCUCAAGCAGGCAGGUCUGACGAGCAUAGCGGUGCACAACCUGUCGCCCGGCAUGGUGCUCACAGACUUACUGCUCAAGGACUCCACCCCCAUUGCGCGCCGAUUCUUCAACGCACUCGCAGAAGAGCCAGAGACUGUGGCUGCAGCUAUCGUGCCUCUCAUUCGUUCGGUGGCAGGCCCGAAUGAGAAUGUGGAGUACAUGUCUCCUGUAGAUGCCUUUGUUCGCGUUAUCACAGGAGUGCCUCAGAUCGUCAAAGGUGGGCGCUUCUUUGAUGGAAACGGGGACAGAGUUAUGCAGCCAGGAAAUGAGUAUGCAAGCAAUGGGGUUAAAAGGCAGUUCUAUGACCCGUAGCGUACAUGUCUUUACUAAAGCACGAAGUUGCCGUUUUUGUUGUGGUGUGUAGUUUAGAAGGUGGCUAGGUUCUGUUGUUUACAGUUCGUAAGGGCUGUUUGACAAAUCAUGGCUUAAAAUAUGCG